AUGCCGUCGGCAACAAAGGAAAAGGAUUCCACAAUCCUCAAAAUCGCUGUGGAGAUGCUCAAUGCUCCCGACAAGGUACCACAGUUGAUAGAAUUCGAUCAAAGUCAGCCUCUAUCGAGCAUCAUACAACUUCUAUGCAAGCCUUGGGGUCUGCCCGACCCUGAAAACUAUGCUCUACAAUUUUCUGAGAGCAACAAUCAGAAUUAUAUUACGGAGAAAAAUCGGAAUGAAAUUAAAAAUGGAUCUGUUUUACGAUUGGAAUUGUCGCCAGCAAAGACCGUGCAGGAUAUCCUGGGCAAGAUAAACAAUGGGUCCGAGACCGACCAAGUCGCUGCCCUCUCUAAAUUGUCUGUUUUAAGCAGUGAUCUCACUUUUGCUCUUGAAUUUAUUAACAAAAAAGGUUUGACAUUGAUCAUAAGUAAUAUAGAAAAUGGUAAAUUUAAAGGGAAAUUGCUAAAAUACGCCCUAAUUACUUUUGUGGAGCUAAUGGAUCAUGGAAUCAUAUUUUGGGACAUACUUGAGAAUCAAUUUAUAAAUAAAGUGGCCAGCUUUGUAAGCAACCAGGCAAGUACUCAGGAUCCUAAGGUUAUUCAGUGUUGUUUGUCAAUUCUUGAGAACAUUGUACUUAAUAGUUCAAAGAAUUCUCAUGUAGAGAAGGAGAUUACUAUUCCAAGUCUGAUCUCACACCUACAGAAUACUCACCAAGACAGUAUUAUCCAACAGAAUGCUAUAGCACUCAUUAAUGCCAUAUUUUCUAAAGCUGAUAUGACAAAGAGAAAAACCAUUGCCGCUACAUUGUCUUCCAAGCAAGUUACUAUGAGACGUCCAGGUACAUACUCAAAAGACUUCAAGAAACUUGGAUUCAAGUGUGAGAUUGAUCCAAUUAAAGACUUCAAUGAAGUUCCACCGGGUGUCCUAGCCUUGGACUGUAUGUUGUACUUUGCUAGGAACUACUCGGAGGAUUAUACAAAAAUUGUAUUAGAAAACAGUUGUAGGGCUGAUGAACAUGAAUGUCCAUUUGGCAAGACAAGUGUGGAGUUGGUGAAGCUACUGUGUGACAUUUUAAAGGUUGGAGAUCCUCCCAGUGAACAGGGCCAGACAUACCAUCCACUGUUCUUCACUCAUGACAGACCUUUUGAAGAAUUAUUUUGUAUUUGCAUAGUAUUAUUGAAUAAGACAUGGAAAGAAAUGAGAGCUACUGCGGAAGACUUUAUCAAAGUAUCAAGUGUGGUUCGGGAACAGAUUAGCAGGGCACUGUCCUCUUCCCCCAAAGGCUUUGACAAGUUCAGACAGAAGAUAAACCAACUGACAUACACAGAAAUAACACAGUUAUGGCAACAAGAGAGAAAUAACAGGGAGGUAUGGGAGUCCCAUGCAAGGCCCAUAGUUGAACUCAAGGAGAAAAUAACUCCUGAAAUCAUUGAUCUCAUUCAACAACAAAGGUUAGGAGUUCUAGUAGGGGGUACAAGGUUCAAGAAAUAUUCUGCCAGAGGUCAGAGGAUCAAAGACAAAUUCUGGUUUGUUCGUCUCUCACCAAAUCAUAAAGUAUUGCACUAUGGGGACUGUGAUGAAAAGAGUACUCCAAGUUUAGAGGAGCUUGGAAACAAGUUGCCUGUCACUGAUAUAAAAUGUGUGAUCACAGGCAAAGACUGUCCCCAUAUGAAGGAUUUGAGGGGAAGAAAGAUAACACCACAUUUAGCAUUCUCAUUGAUCAUCAAAUCUGCUGAAGUUACUUCCUUGGACUUCGUUGCACCUGAUGAGCAGAUAUUUGACUACUGGACCGAUGGCAUAAAUGCCCUGCUAAAAGAAAAGAUGUCAAGUAAAUCAUUUGAAAAUGAUUUGGAAACUUUGUUGUCCAUGGAUAUAAAGGUUAGAUUACUUGAUGCGGAAGGUAUUGACAUACCUAAAGACCCGCCACAAAUACCAGAUGAACCAGAAGAUUACGACUUUUAUUAUGAUAAUAACUAA